AUGUUGAAUCUUUUGUUGAAGCAGGCGUCGGUGAAAAUGUCAUUCAAUUACACAACGGUGAAGAGUUGUAAGAAAUACUUGAGGGUGAGGUACGUAGAUCCUACUUGCCGGUGGAUGGUACGCGCAUGUGCUAUCGGAGAAUCGGGUUGCUUUCAUAUCCAUAAGUACGUGGAAGAAAAUACUUGUGGCGUUGAUCAGGUCACGGGAAAGUACAAGAAUAUCACCAUGGGGAUCAUUGCCUCACUUAUUUUAAACUUUUUCAUCGACAACAAAGAUCCAAGCCCGAAAGAGAUCGAGAGGAUCGUAUUUAGGGAGCUACAUUGCAGGCCGGGCUAUUGGAAGUGUUGGAUGGCAGGCGUCAUUGCGAAGAACAUAGUUCGAGAUACGCCCGAGCACGGAUAUGUUUAUUUACUUUUUAUGGCAUUUGGGGCUUCCAUCCAUGGAUAUGCACACAUAAAAAAAGUUGUUGUCGUUGAUGGUUCGCAUUUGUCCAGCAAGUAUGAGGGUGUGUUGCUAUCCGCUGUCACUGAAGAUACGCAGAAUCAUAUAUAUCCCUUAGAGUAUUGUGUGAUUGAUAAGAAGAAUGAUGUGUCGUGGGGCUUCUUCUUUGAGAAGCUUAAGGCCUUUGUCGUCAACGAAUCAGAGUUGUGCAUUAUCUCCGACAGACACGUAACCAUAGCCAACGGCCUCGCAAGACAUUAUCUGUUUGCGUAUCAUGGUGUUUGUAUGAGGCAUCUCAGUGAAAAUCUCUGA